CUAUCGUUCGUCACCACCCCCCACCCUCUUGUCCGUUUCCCCCCGGCAGCUUGCGUGCAACCACUCGGUGUCCUCCGCCGCCUUCCGACAGCGACCGCCCCCCAACUGAGUUGGAGUCACUUCAGUUACCAAGUCAUACUCUGCCACUCAGAGCGAGUCACCCUGCCGCCACUGCUCCUCCUCCUCCUCCUCCGUCGUUCGGCAUUCGCAGAAAGGAGGAGGCUCCCCCGCAUAUUCCUCGGGCGCGGGGGCUCCCCCAUGGCGCCGGGUCGGUUCCUUCGCUGUUUCUCCCUCCUGGUCCUCGUUUCAGGGCACGCCUUCGUCACCACCACGCCGCCGGCCGCGUCGGCGUCUGCCAUCGGAAUCAACUACGGCCAGAUCGCCAACAACCUCCCGUCGCCGGACGACGUCGUCCCGCUCGUGAAGUCCGUCGGGGCCACCCGCCUCAAGCUCUACGACGCCGACCCCCGCGUCCUCCGCGCCUUCGCCGGCACCGGCGUGGAGUUCACCGUCGGCCUCGGCAACGAUUACCUGGCCCGGAUGCGGGACCCGGGCCAGGCCCUCGCCUGGCUCAAGGCCAACAUCCAGCCCUUCCUCCCGUCCACGAAGAUCACCUGCAUCACCGUCGGCAACGAGGUGCUGACCUUCAACGACACCUCCCUCACGGCGAACGUCCUCCCGGCGAUGCAGGGCCUCCAGGGGGCCCUCGCCAAGCUCGGCCUCGACGGCCAGGUCACGGUCACGACGCCCCACUCGCUCGCCGUCCUCGAGAGCUCGUACCCGCCGUCCUCCGGGGCGUUCCGGCGAGAUCUCGCCGCGCCCCUGACGGAGAUCCUGAAGUUCCAGGCUAAGGUGGGCUCGCCGUUCCUCAUCAAUGCCUACCCGUUCUUCGCCUACAAGGGGAACCCCCGGCAGGUCCCGCUCAAUUUCGUGCUCUUCGAGUCGAACCCCGGCGUGGUCGAUCCGUCCACGGGGCUGCGUUACGACAACAUGCUGUUCGCUCAGAUUGAUGCGGUUCACUCGGCCCUGGCCUCGCUGGGGUAUCAUAACCUGACGCUGCACAUAUCGGAGACCGGGUGGCCAUCGAGGGGCGAUGCGGAUGAGGUCGGCGCGACCCCGGAGAAUGCCAGGAAGUAUAACGGGAAUCUGAUGAAGAUCAUAGCGCAGAAGAAGGGGACGCCGAUGAGGCCAAAUGGGGAUUUGAACGUCUAUGUGUUUGCCCUGUUCAAUGAGAACAUGAAGCCCGGGCCGACGUCGGAGAGGAAUUACGGGUUGUUCAAGCCUGAUGGGACGCCGGCAUAUAAGCUUGCGCUGAAUGGAAGUGAUGCUGGUGGGAAUGGGACGACUCCCUCGAAAUCUGGAUCGCCACCGUCGGCGACAGCGACACCAGCUUCAACAGGCACUAGCUCUUCCAUUGGUUACUUGUCCAUUUCUUCGGGCGUGGAAAGAUGCCAUUCUGCACAAACUCUCCUUGUCUUGUGCCUGGCUACAAUUAAGCUGCUCCUUUGACGCCAAAACCGAGUCGGGAUUAGAAGUGCUUUGGAAGUGUCAUCGAGAUCAGCAGUUUAUCAAAAGCAAAAAGAGUAUAAAGGAAGAAUGCCGGAUCCAUCUUCGGCUGAUGAUGCAAGGUGUAGACCUUGAUGCAGGAUCUUGAUCCAGAUUUUUAGAUGAUAGGUAUGUUGAGAGUCGUAUACAUUUUGGCCAUUCUAUUUUCGCUAUCCUAUUGACCUGAUUAUUUAGUUAGGGUAUGAUUGUGUUGUCCCCUUAGAACUUAUUGUAUCGAACAUCGAAUAGAGAAUUGAUUAAUUGAUGACAUGGAGAGUGCUGUAUACCUUGGCAACUCCAGUGCAAA